UUCAAACGUAAAGUGGACGAGAAGCUGUAAAACAAAGUGAAACCAGCGGGUGUUGCAGAGGUUUGUUGAACUUCCUGUCAACAGAGUUGUUGUUUACGAGUGCUUGAAGAUGAAUAAUUUGGAGGAAGAGGAGGAUGGAACAUCAUCUCUCAUGCCCAGCUGUAUGUCUAUGGCCAGUGACUGGUCCAAAGGUCGUCCUCCAAACUUCAGUAAUGACCCGGGACCCCCAGACACAAAAAAGAACGAGUAUGUGGAGAAGCCAAUGUCCUGCUGUGCUUCGUGUCAGGCUGUCGUGAAUGACCCAGUCUCUACCAUCUGUGGACACUUGUUCUGCAAACAGUGCAUCGACUUGUGCCCGGACUCUGAUUCAUCAAGAGACACUUGUCCCCUGUGUGGAAAAAAAUCCAGAACCAGUUCUGGACUUUGGACAGCCAGUAGGAACAGCUGUGUGCAAAUAGAUGAUGGUCUUCAGGAAGUUUUCGAUGAACAUAAAAUCUGUUUGAAGAUGCGAUGUCAAUCUGUGACUGAGGGAACUGAUAAAACAGGAGGUGGAACUCUCCUCAACGCAAUCUACACUGAGCUCUACAUCACAGAGGGACAGAGUGAAGACGUUAAUACUCAACAUGAAGUGAGGCAGCUGGAGACAGGUUCCAAGAUGAAGACCCUCCAUGAAAUUCCAAUUAAGUGUCAUGACAUCUUUAAAGCCUUAUCUGACAAAGUGAUAAGAGUGGUUCUGACGAAUGGUGUUGCUGGUGUUGGAAAAACAUUCUCAGUGCAGAAGUUCACUCUGGACUGGGCAGAGGGGUCAGAAAACCAAGAUAUCAGUGUGGUGACUCUGCUUUCAUUCAGGGAGCUGAACCUGAUCAGACAUGGGCAGUAUAGUCUCCUGGAGCUGCUCCAGGUUUUCCAUCCAACAUUACAGAAGGUCACAGCAGAGAAGCUCGCUGUCUGUAAACUUUUGUUCAUAUUUGAUGGUCUGGAUGAAAGCAGACUUUCAUUGGAUUUCACUAAGAGGGACGUCAUGUCUGAUGUCACACAGAAGUCAUCGGUCAAGAAUCUGCUGACAAACCUCAUUGAAGGUAAUCUGCUUCCUUCGGCUCUCAUCUGGAUAACUUCCCGACCAGCAGCAGCCAAUCAGAUCCCUCCUACAUGUGUUGACCGUGUCACUGAAGUGCGAGGUUUCACUGAUGCUCAGAAAGAGGAGUACUUUAAGAAGAGAUUCAGUAAUGAGGAGCUCUCCAGCAAAAUCAUCUCCCACAUCAAAUCAUCUCGGAGCCUCCACAUCAUGUGUGGAAUCCCAGUCUUCUGUUGGAUCACUGCUACAGUUGUGGAGUACAUGUUGACUGCAGGGCAGAGAGAAAUGCCCAAGACCAUGACCGACAUGUUUUCACACUUCCUGUUGGUACAAACAAAAAGGAAGAUUCAAAAGUACCAUAAGGGAGAAGAAGCAAGUCCACAAGAGCUGAUGGAGGCUGACAAGAAAGGUCUUUUAAAGCUCGGGAGGCUGGCGUUCGAACAUCUGGAAAAAGGAAACCUCAUGUUCUACCAAGAAGACCUGGAGCAGUAUGGUGUGGAUGUCACAGAGGCCUCGGUGAACUCAGGACUUUGUACAGAGAUUUUCAAAAGAGAGUGUGUGAUCUUCCAGAAACCAGUCUACUGCUUUGUUCAUCUGAGCAUUCAGGAGUUUCUGGCUGCCGUUUACAUGUUCCACUGUUUCACCAAUAAAAAUACUGAUGUUCUGCAGGACUUUAUAAAUAUAAAUUCUUUUCUUGAGAAAACCUCUAAUUGUUCCAUCCCAUCUCUGGAUGUUUUUCUGAGCAGAGCCAUGGAGAAAUCUUUGCAAAGUAAAAAUGGCCAUCUAGACCUGUUUGUUCGCUUCCUUCAUGGCCUUAGUCUGGAGUCCAACCACAGACUUUUAGGAAGCUUUACUGGGUCAUUUGCAAAAUAGUCCAGAAAUCAUCAAGAGAAUUAUAAACAACCUCAAGAAGAUGAACAGCGAUAAAAUCUCUCCUGACAGAAGCAUUAACAUUUUCCACUGUCUGAUGGAGAUGAAUGACCUCUCAGUACAUCAGGAGAUCCAAGAGUUCCUGAAGUCAGAGAACAGAUCAGAGAAGAGACUCUAUGAAAUCCACUGCUCGGCUCUGGCCUACAUGCUGCAAAUGUCAGAAAAAGUUCUGGAUGAAUUGGACCUGAACAAGUACAACACAUCAGGGGGGGGGCGACAGAGACUGAUCCCAGCUGUGAGGAACUGCAGAAAGGCUCUGUAAGUCUAAAGGCCCUUUCACAUAGGACGCGGCAUGCGCAGCGCUGUACUCCGAAACCCAUUCUUUUCUAUUGCACAAGAGUACUCGCACAUGCUGUGGUCAAAGUUCUAUCCAGCUGAACUUUAACUGCUGUACGCUGUGACGUACCUUUGCGCAACCAAGAGAAACGAAGCCUACAGUCACGCUAACCACAACCACAGAAUGAACGAGGAACUCUAUGACACGUUUACAUACAUAUAUAGGGACCUCCUGGAGCCCUUGAACUUUCUGACUGUGGAAUUUCAAAGACUCACUGUGAAGUCUUGGCCUCAGCCCUGAAGUCCAAUCCCUCCCAUCUGAUAGUUAGAUCUGACCUUCAAUGAGCUGGAGGACUCGGGACUGAAGCUGCUCUCUGCAGGACUGGAGAGUCCAAACUGCAGAUUGAAGACCCUGAAACUGUGGCACUGUGGAUUGUCAGAGAUUAGCUGUGCUUCUCUGAGCUCAGCUCUGAAGUCCAACCCCUCCCAUUUGAGACAUCUGGAUCUGAGUUACAACAAGCUGGAGGAUUCUGGAGUAAAGCAGUUGUGUGGUUUUCUGGAGAGUCGACCCUGUAAACUGGAAACUCUGAGACUAAGGGAGUGCUCUUUGUCAAAGGCCAGUUGUACUUUUCUGGGCUCAGCGCUGAAGUUAAACACCUGCCACCUGAGAGAGCUGGACCUGAGUAGAAAUGGCCUGCAGGAUUCAGAUAUGAUUCAGCUGGUGAAUCUUGUGAAUAAUUCAAAUUACAGACUGGAGAAUCUGUGCUGGAGCGACUUGUCGGUAACAGUUGUCUGCUGAGCUUUGACGAGCUCUGCCCUGAUGAUCUGGAGAGUUUUAAACAGCAGCAGGAAUUUGUGCAUAAGCAUUUGUUGACUCAGGCCAUGGAGUCAAAAGAAAAACUUCAUCCGGCAGUGGCUUCUAAAGGAAUCAAAAGAAGUGCAAAUGACUGUGUUUCAGUGUGAACUGCCCUAAAAAGUGCAGACUCAAUAAGAAUUAUUCACAGACAUUAUGCAAACACAUAUAUGUGCUUAAACUGUGCAUAUGAGUAUUUCUCCUGCUAAUCUGGGAUUCUGUUCCUGAACUUGCUUGUAAUGAGCAGGCAUAUUUACAACUACGUCAGACUAUGUGUCUAUACAAAAGAUGAACUGUCUUAGAAAGUAUAUUUAAUAUUUGUCUGUUAAGAAUGUAUUUGAAUUGGAGUCCAUCCUUACUGGAAGUUGUCAGUUACACUCAUUUCUCGAUGAUGUCCUGGUUAUGGAUGAUGGACUGGUUGGUCCUUGUUCUGGACCUGCUUACUUCUUUCCUUCUGGUUUGCUAUGCUUUAACACUUUUAAAUGUCAAACUUUUCUUUUAAGCUUGAGCCACAGCCUUUGUCUCAGAGAAUACAACAUUAACCAGUUUAAGCAAUAUAUUAUAUAUACUGUAAGUCAGUGAAUCCUGAUGAAUAUACCAUCAUCCCUGUGUUUUAUAUACGUGAUAGAGUAUAAAAAAGCGUAUCAGCACUGCUCUUCUGAUUACUUCUUAUGUUGACACAAGGUUUAUAGUCAUUUGGACGGCACAGACUACUGAAAUCAGUAGAGUAGGCUUUGAUUUUCUGUAAUUUUUCUGUGUUGGAGCGCCACACUGUGGCAUAAUUGAGAACUGUAGUUAAUGUUUACACAGUAACUUGCAGCUCGAUGUAAGAUUGUUAAAGACUGCUUGCAUGCACAGUUUCAUUACUGUCAGUGGAUUAGGUUCUUGUUUAGUCUUUCAGUAGUUAAUCUUUCUGAAUGUAAAGUAUUUGUUGGACGCAUAAAAAUGUGAAGGAAAGCUGCUGACUAAAUUCUUGUCAAGAAAGUUUAAUAAACCUCUAUGAGCUCAA